GUAAAGUCAACUUCUUAACUUCCUACCUAGUUUAGUAGCAUCCCUGGACUUUUCAAGUGUGGUUGUGACGUGAAUUUAUACUGUUACUGCUGAGUGUGAAAGUUUUUUUUUGUGUGUGUAUAGUUCAUUUUUAUGGAUCCAAGGAUUGCUUGGUAUCCACCCGAACAAUUAGGAUAUGCUCAUGAUCUAUGGACGCGAAUUUGGGAAACACAAUACUGCUUAGACAACAUGAUUCUGGGAUCAACAUCAGACCAAAGACCUCAGGAUUUUAUUCCACUGGACGGAAGGACGGACACGAAUAGUUUACAGAAUAAUCAGUUGUUGCAACAGAAACGAAAAAGGAGUGAUAAUCGAGCAUGUACAUACGGUUUAAACUUUUCAGUGAGUAAAAGAAUUUUGAAAGAAGAUCAACUUACUCCAUGGAGACAGCCAAAUAAAAAAUAUGGAAGCAGUGUGUUUGGAUUGCAUGAGGAAAUUAAAGACUUUUACACACACAUGUCCCCUCAACCAGAAGAAGCUAAAAUGAGGAAUGCUGUUGUAGACCGUCUCAGAUCUGUGAUAGAAGACCUUUGGCCUAGUGCUAGGGUUGAAAUAUUUGGCAGCUUUAGAACAGGACUUUAUCUCCCAACCAGUGACAUUGACUUAGUUGUGUUUGGAAAAUGGGAUUCUCAACCACUGUUUACUUUACAAAAUGCUUUACUCAAAAAGAAAUUAGCUGAGCCAUCAUCAAUCAAAGUUUUAGACAAAGCCUCUGUUCCCAUUGUUAAACUGACUGAUUCUGAAAGUGAGGUGAAAGUAGAUGUAAGUUUUAACAUGGACAAUAAUCAGAACUAUGGGGUAGAAAGUGCCCAACUUAUUCAGAAAUACAUGGAAGAAUAUGAUUGCUUAAAAUACUUAGUCCUAGUACUGAAACAGUUUUUACUUCAGAGAGACCUGAAUGAAGUUUUUAGUGGAGGCAUAUCUUCCUACAGUCUUACAUUGUUGGUGAUAAGUUUCUUACAGCUUCACCCAAGAGCUCAAGCUACCAAAUCAGAUGCAAACCUAGGCAUUUUAUUGAUUGAAUUUUUUGAACUUUAUGGGAGAAACUUCAAUUAUCUAAAGACUGCUAUCCGUAUCAAGAGUGGAGGAGCUUAUCUGCCAAAAGAGGAAGUUUCUAAAGAAAUGGAAAAUGGUUAUCGCCCUUCUAUACUGUGUAUUGAAGAUCCUCUUAAAGCUGGGAAUGAUAUAGGACGAAGUUCUUAUGGAGCUAUUACAGUUAAAAAUGCCUUUGAGUAUGCAUAUCUUGUUUUGAACCAUGCUGUAGCUCCUCACAAUCUGCAUCUUCAUAAACAUAAUGAAAGUAUUUUGGGAAGGAUAAUAAGAGUCACAGAUGAAGUUGUUGAAUAUCGACAGUGGGUGAAGGAAAAGUUUAGAAUAAUGAGAGAUAACUUAGUCAGUCUGGCAGCAGAACCUGCCCCUAAUACUCUUCCAUCUCCUUCUCCUCCACCCAUCAAAACUGCUACAAAAAAAAUAAGCACUAAACAGCGGCCCCAGCAGCAAAGUACUGAAGUAUCAUAUGCUGCUGUUGCCUCCCGCAAAGCUGAAAACUCUAGGGGUGCAUCCAGCAGUGCAUUAUCUGAUGCUAAAUCCUCAAAUAGUGUAACUAGUCAGGAAGGUAACAAUGAAAGUGAAGCUAGUGAUUCUUGUGGUAACAGCUCUGGAUAUAAAUCAUCAGCCAGUUCUCAAGCUGGAUCUGAUGGGAAUUUGUCUGACAGUGAUACUGAAUACAGUAAUGAAACAAGUCAAGCUCGUCAGGGGUUCCCUGCUUCAUAUUCUAAUUGCGAGGUCAUAACUGGCAGCAAAACCAUGAGAACAUCAGCUUCAGGUGGUCAUUAUAAUAAUGCAGGUCACAUUCCAAAUCGAGAGUUUACUAGAAGCAGAGAAUCAUCUAAACCAUCAGCACCACAUGCUGGUCAGAGCUCAGGAGGAAAGCCACCUCGUGAUACCAGUAAUAGCAGUGUUUCAUCUACCCGCAGUGGAGGUGGUGGGGGUAGUGGUGCCCUAUAUUUCAAUCGCAACCAUUACAGCUCAAAUAGUAACUAUGGCAGUUAUAAUGGUAAUGUACCACAUUCACAGCAUGACCAGACAUGCUUCCCUUCGACCCAAACACACUAUAACACUAUGGUUCCAUCCACUUCUGUUUCUGCCAGAGACAGUCGUGAACAUUACAUCUACAGCAACGGAGCUUCUUCUCAGGCAACACCUGUCCAACACCAGCGCCCUCCACCUGGCCCUUACAAUGCCACACAUCAUAGUGGUAGCAACUCAAGAAUUGGUGGCAGCAAAGUGUUCAGGAAUGGUGGGAAACAGAAAAGAAAAGGCAAGAGAGACAACUCUCAAACCAGAGGCGGCAGCACUGCAAGGUGAUGAAUAGUCUGCUCUGACCACAGAGCUUAUAGUACAGUGAUAGGUUUGUUUAUACAAUCUUACAGGGUCAAAACAACUGCAUCAUAUUAAAGGAAACAGUGUCAUAGAAAUUAUGUUUUACGUUAAAAAUAGACUUAUAGUUGUCCAUUAGUAGUUUAUAGAGUACUACCAUGUGGGUGACUGAUCACAUUAACAUCAGUUAACUAUAACUAUCGAUUCAUUCUUUGUAUUUUGUUUUAUGACAAAAAAAAAAUUGGGGCAUGGAAUGGAUUUUAAAAAGUAUUUCUAUCGUAAAUUUUUUUUUUUAAGUAAUUUUGUUGAGAAUAUGAUUGCAUAAAUUGUGUGGUGGCUCAUUGAAGAAUCUGUUGAUACUAGGACUGGUGACUUACUGUUCAUUAUUGUUUGUUUGUUGAUUUAUUUUUUUUUUUAUCAAUUUCGAUAUCUACAAAAAAAAAAAAAGCUUUAUAUUUUUUAACUGAAGCUUUUAUUAAUCCAUCAAAUGUCAAGAAGCAAACAAAAAAACAACUGAUGUACAUGUAUUGUUCUUUUUUUUUUUUUUUAACUUGUUAGAAACUCUGUUAAAUACACCUCUGUACCUGUUCUUUAGAGGCAAAUAAUUCACCAGUUAUUCAUUUCACUUCAUUAACAAUAGUACAAAUAUUUCUGAUUCCACUUUUUCUGUUUAAAUUUUUUUUUUAAAUGGAACAAAAAAGUUCAUAAUUUUUUAAAAUUGUAAAAUAAUGUUGCUACUGUUCUAAAAAGACAAUUUCUUUUAAUAAUUUCAAUAGUAGCUAAGUAAUUAAAGACUUAAUAUUUUUGUAUGUAAUUUUAAACAUCAUUUUUACAAGCUAUUAUUCAUGAAUUAAAAAAUAAAAAAACUCCAUCAUAAAAUAUUCCAUCUUUUAAAAUGUUUCAGAUUUUUUUUUUAAUUAGUACACCAAACUUUUUUGUUGACAUAUUAUAUUUCAUCAUUUAAUUUGCUAUCUAGUAUGACUGAAAUUUUUGUCAUCAUUAGAAAUUGAAACAAAAAAGAAGAAAAAAAAAUAAAAUAUUCUAAUUAUAAACAGUGUUGUCUCCAACUUUUUAAAUAUUUUUUUUUUCAUAGUUCUGAAUAAACUAAAAUUGGUUUUGUUAAUUGAAAUACCUUUUAUGAGCCACUGGCUUUUGUUUCAUUCCUUUCAUAACUGCACUUAUAAAUCUUCUGUUAAUUUUAUUAUUGAAUGUUUUCACUUUGUUCUUUGUUGAUUGUGUUUUUCAUUUUAAAAAAAAAAAAACCUAAAUGCUUGUAAUAAUAUUAAUAGGUAGUGGGAGAUUUUAUUUCCACUUUUAAAAGAGUUCACAUUUCAGUAUUUCCAUUCAGUUAUUUCAUUUUUGAACAGUAUUUUAUAUAUUCUGUAAGACUAGUGUUAUUUCAUUUUUUCAUCUUACUAUAUUUUUCUGCUAAAAAGAUUUUAAAAAAAGGAUAUUUAAUUUAAAUUAUUUAUUAUCAUACAUAUAAAUGAUCUAUGUGUUUAUUAUGUCUGUAGAAUUUGUUUGUAAUCCCUCUACUGUGUGACAAUAAUGAACAGUACUAGCAGGAUAGUUUUUCAUUCCUUCUACUGAACCAAAAAACAAUAUUCUGAUAGAUCUAAGUUUUGGUUUAAAAAUGAAUUGCCUUGAAUGAAUUUGUAUGGUGGCAAUGAAUCAAGUACUACAGCAUUUUUUAAAAUUUUUUGUUGUUGUUGACCAUGUUUGUUUUUUUUAAUGGUGUGAUUAAUCAAUUCUACAUCUACAUAGGCAGUGACUUUUUUUUUUUUAGGCAUUCAUAUUUUUAAUGUUAAAAUCUCAAAUUUUGUUGAAUUGCUAAAGUUGGGGUGAAAUUUUUUUUCCUAGUAACUAUUUAGAUGUUAUAAAGGCAACUUUUUUUUUUGCUGUUAUAACUGUGCUGCUUUUAAAAGUGCAUACUCUUAAGUUAAAAAAUAUUUAUGACCAUUACAUUUUCGAAAAAGUAUUUACAAACAAAGAUAAAACAAGAGCUCAGUGAAUUGUUUGUGUAAUUUAGUUUUUUUUUUUUUUUGUUAUGAAGUACAUAGCUCCACUUGAAAAGUGUUGUUGUGAAUGUAACCAAUAGCCUACUUCCAUUGCCUUGCUUUCAACCUGAAUCCUUCCAAAACCAAAAUGAAGCUACCAGUCAAAUGUAUAUGUACUUUUCAUUGUGAGCUUGUUCCUUGGAUAGAAUAAUAUGCUAUGCAUUUUUGUUCAUGUAUAUAUUUAAUAAGGUAACUAUGAAACUUGAACUGUACAUAAUGUUGUAGAAGUAAACGUGCUUUUGUCCUUUUGUUGACUGAAUGAAAGAAAUGCUAAAAAAAAAAGCAAAAACAAAGUUAAGUGAUGCUACUUACUCCCUGUAAUUUAAAACUAGAAUUCUUGCCCUCUCACUCCCUUAGAAGACUAUAACAUUGUUUCAUUUUUUUUUUUUUUAAUAGUGAAUUCUGUCCAUAAUUUUUUUACUUCAAAAAAACAGUUUUGUGUAUGUGAACUUCAAAAUGAGAUUUUUAUAAAUAAGGGCAGUAAUGCUCCUAGAAUUUAUUAUUUUUUUUUUUGUUUUUUUUUUUUAAAUUUCUCUAGUGGCAUUAAAAAUUAGGGUAAUUUUUGUUUGUUGGACCAGAAGAAAUGUUUUACAAGCCAAACUUUUAAUGCCUUUGUUUUAGUGUUGUGGCUUAUUUUAAACUAUAUGUACAACAAAGACUUGGAGUACUCAGCUCUAAAACCUGUGUAGAAAGAAGGGCAAUUUUUUUUUCCCCAACUGUAUGCCACAUUUUAUAUUUAAUGCAAUUGUCUUUAAUGUUUUAUUGAGAAGGGGUUCCCCUCCUGUUUCCGUAAGAAAAGUUGACAUCAUGUUUCAUAUUUAUGUUAUGUAUUGAACUAAACUGUCUAUUGGCAUUGGUAAAAAUGUUAUUUAAUAUAUUGAUGCAAUUUGCAAUAUUACUUAACUACUAUAUUUAAAAAUAUUUAAAAAAAAGUAUUUUAGAAUGUGUGUGAAUGUGUGCAAUGAUGAUUAUUUUCAGUGAUUAACUACUGCAGAAAUAGUUUUAUAAUUUUUUUUUUGGUGGGGUUAGGUUUUCUGAUAUACUAUCCUAGUUGUAUUAUAUAUAUAUAUAUAUUCUGUCCAUAUCUUGAGUUAAUGAUUACUUCUCUUUAGUAUCCUAUAAUGUUGUCACAAAAAAAUGUGCUCUUCAGCUUUCUCCUUAUCACCACCAUCAUUAAGUUCAUAUUAUCUUGACAGCCAAUCGCAUAAACUAGAAAUGUUGGGGUUUAGAUUUUAAAGAAAGUGGUUUUUAAUUAAGGCUUGGAAAUAUUAAUUAUUUUUUUUUAAUUAUGAAUGUACAGUAAGGAUGAAGCAAAAAAAAAGUGAUACAUGUUCACUAAACUUAAUUUCAUGUUCCAUCAACACCAACAAAAAAAUGUUUAAAAACAAUAAAAAGGAAAAAAAAAAAGUUUAAAAGUUUAAAAAAAUACCCAAAAAAAAUAAGACAAAAAUAAAAAAAACUUAUAAAAACAAUA